CCAUUUCAAACGGCUACAUAGAAAUCUUAAAAUGACAGAAAUGAGGAUUGCAUUCUAAAAAUACCCCCAAACUUAGCCAUAACUACGUACAGCUAGCUGCUACUGACUCUGCCAUUUCUCGGCGCACUCGUUUAACUUUCCGCCAAAUUUAAGGCAAGAAUUCAAAUUUGGACUUUCCCUCACCAAAUCCAUUUUGUCUGUUAGUAAAACAAAACGGAAUGGCUAAAUUUAUACACUGGUCUAUCUGUGCGGUCGAGUUUGAUUGGAUAAAUGCAAUAGCGGAGAUAAGCUGCUCUUUUUCAGAUUGAGAUGAAAUGCUUCCAUAGGGUUUGAUAGGAGCAUGGAGGAAAAUCGCCUGCGACGCCGCAGCACUCUCUGCCCUGGCGAGCUGCGGAGUAUAUCGGGCUCUUCUACCGACGAUGUUGCUGCCAGGGUUUUGGAAAGCGGUUUUGAAGAGGAGAAAAUGGCAUUUGAACAGAGCAUAAUGGUUAAGAUGACACCGCGCGUGGGGCGUUGCAGGGGCUCCACGCUCACGCGCUAUCGAAUGAAGCGGUUUCCGAACGAUCUGCGGUCUCAGGAUGCCAUGUGGAGGUCGGCGGUUUUUUCAAUGUACAGUGCACAUGAAAGGCGGUUUUGUGAUGAGAGAAAUGAUCCGGAGGGUUCUGAAUGGCUGUCACUUGACGGAUGUUUGGUGGAUGCUGAGUCUGAUGAUAGAAUUGGGAGGGAAUUCUGGGCUGAGCAGAAAAUUACAUGGGAACAACUUUCGCCGCUUCAGAGGGUUUUGACUAUCGCUGUGGCCGCUGCUGCAGCUGCCAGUUCAAAGCGCGGGAACGAAAUUAUGCUCCUCCAACGCUCUCUCCAUGACCGGGACCAAGCAUUGGAUGUUAUGCGGCGGAAGCUGAAUGAUUUGUGGGAGAUGAUAUUUUCCUUACAGGAUCAGUCCAUCAGGAUAGAAAAGGAUACAGAGAGAGGGGAUGGGGUUAGAGAACUUGAAGAUGAUUUCAAAAUUGAAAGGUUGAUGAAAAUUUUCAGUUGGCAGUCACAUGGGCAAGGAAGUACAGAAGUUUCAGAGGAUUGUAAGGAGAAAACAGGGGAAGCAAAGACAAAUUCAGUUGAUUCUCCUCAUGCGCCAUGUGCUGCCGCCAUUCUUGAACUGAAGAGGAGGACAGAAUGCAUAUUACAGAAGGAAGCAUCUAAUGUUAUGGCUGCAUUUGCUUCAUUUCUAGAAAAGUUUGAAGGCUUGGAAAGCUCUGGAGCUAUGCUGAUGCAUGAAGGAAUACAGAACAAAGCUCAAGGAUUUGCCCUUGAAGAUUUGAAAUUUUUGGUGGAGCAAGCUUCUGCACAAAUAAAUUCUCUCCAGAAGUCCUUAUUUGACCUCUGGCAUACUCUUUUGCCUGAAGUUUUGUGUUCUGUAAAUAUUUCUCCUUCAGAUCUGGACCAUUAUCUUGAGAAGGCAAAAACAGAAAGCUCCGUGCUUUUUCCAUCAAAACAGUUUGAUACUCAGGCAUGGAAACAGUGGCUGAGCAUGCAGGAACAUGCUUUUGAAGCAAAUUUCCUGCCAAAUCUUCAAGAUGAAAUGGAAGAAGAUGGGUUUUUCUAUAAGCUGCCAGUUGCUGCAACAGAACAAGAGGAACGCCGACUAUCAGAUAUGUCAGAUUGCACCUCUAUUGCCUCUAUUUCUGAACAAAAUAUUUGGCCUUCUGUUGAAGUUGAUACUGCUUCUGCUAUAGUAGCUGCAGUGAAGAGAACCGUGGACACGAUCAUUGCACCUCUUGAUACACAAAACUCUGGGUCUAAAGAUGGUUCAGAGGAAUCUGUUGUAGAAAAAUUGCUCAGUGAAUUGGAAAUUGCUGCAGAAAAAGUAGUGAACAUGGAAUCUGAAUUGGGAAGGCUUAGGGAGUAUAUUAAAGAAUGCGAUAAAAAGGUAAAAGAUGCAGAAGAAAAGCUAGCUGAGGCUGUUAAACAAGGAGUUUACAAUCAGGCAGAAGCAAAGUCAGAAAUGGUCGACUUAGCAGAGAAGCUACAGCAUAGGGACCACACUUCAGUCGAUCACAUUCACAAUUGUCAGUUGAAUUUUGCAGCAAAAGAAGAGGAGAUUGCUCGUCUGCAAAAUGAUUGUAAGCAGAAAGAUGCCAUCAUAAAAGAGAUGACUUUGGCAGUACAGAGAUCAAAGAGACUAACAAUUGUGGAAGAGAUCUGUAAGAAAAAGAAUUCUACUAUCCGGAGACUGAAAGAGGAUCUGAUUAGUCUAGAAGAGAAGGUUUCCGAACUAAUGAAUCUUAAGAUACCACCCUCUUUACUUUUGAACAAUGAAAUUUCCAUUCCUCCUGUCAUGUCUACCAAUUUUCUUUUUGACUUGGACAUACCUUCAUCACCUGAUAGUACUGACAAUAAUAAUGGUUGUCAAAUUCAACGUUUGACACUUAAAGGAAAUCGGGAUUUAGCUGCAAAUGGGUACACAAGUUCAUAUUCUCAAGGUUACAAUGAGAAAGAACAUGUAUCCUCGUCUGCUAUUGGAAGAUUCAGAAGAGAUUCUACUGGAAACAGCAGAAAUUCUUCACCUACUUCUGGAAGAUUCAGAGGGGAGUCCACUACAACCAGCAGAACUUCAUCACCUAUAUCUGGAAGAUCUAGAAGCGUAUCAUCCACUGGAACUAGUAGAAGUUCAUCACCUACUUCAGGAAGAUUCAGAAGGUAUGCUUUUGGAAAUAGCAGAACUGGACAACAUAGUUCCAAAGUAAAUGCAGCUCAGUCAUCACAGACAAGAGAUGGUAUGUGGAAGAACGGUGCUGACAUAAGAUAUACAAAUGAAAACAGAAAUUCAGGCUCUUCUUCAGUCUCACAAAAUAUAAAGAGUUCCAGAAGUGGCAAUGUUCUUUCAGGUGUAGACACUAAUUCAAACUUGAAAUCAAGAAGAUCAACACCAGAGCCUGAGGAAGUACAGCGAAUUACAAGAAACAAUCAUUUUAACAAGUCAAAAGACACUUUUGUGCGGAAGAGGUGGAUGUAAACUCAUUUAGGAUAUCCUUUUUGAUUGAGAAGUCUAUAUGCUAUUAUAUCUAUGCAUUCCAACUCCAUCACAAACCAAAUAUUUCAGUAUGCAGUAUGCUAUUAUAUGUAAGCUAGUUCAAUCUGUGACGUGCAGAGAACACCACCUUUGGCAAAGUUUUAGUGGAGUCUGGAGUUUAUCUAAUAUCAUAGACAGCAAGAACAUUGAACAUAACUAUUUCUUGCAGUCUCCCUGAUUUGUUGAUAAUUUUUCAGAUGCAUAUUUGUAAAUGUAGGAUUCUGUUAACUCAUGUAUCAAUAGUCAUAGUUUAUUCUUUA